AUGAAAUUCACUCUCGCAGUUUUGGCCGUCGUGGCCCUGUUCAGCCCCCUGAACGCCUGGCAAGUGCCACGUUCAGGCAAUGGUGCCCUCGCCGACGAGGUGCAAGACUUAGUAGAUCUCGUUCCCGUCGAGAAAAUGGACGCCAUCCUCAAGGAAUACGUCGCUGAGGAUGCCGAGUUCCAACGGCUGGUCACGUACUUACAUUCACAGGAAUUCACGGGCCUGAUCACAGACAUCGAAUCCAUGCCAGAGUUCAUCCAAGUCUUGAACUACAUCCAGACCGCAGGUGUCGAUAUCUACAGCCUGGUGAACAAGGUCAACGACUACCUGAACCUGACGCCACUCACUCCACCUCUGCAACGUGUGCGCGCUCUGAGGAUCACCGGAGGAAUCCGUGGCUUCCUCGAUGACAUCAAGGCUCUGAUGCCCAGAGAAAGAUUCAUGGCUUUGUGGCACGAGAAGAAGGCCACGUCCACUGUGUUCCGAGACUUCGUACAAUUCAUGGGCUCAACACCCGUUCAAACGAUCGUCAACAGAGUCUGCGCUGACGCUCGCUUCCACAAUAUUUUGGCCAUGGCUACGAGAGACCACGUCAACAUCAAUGACAUCAAAAGAUUCUUGGAAAACGAGUUCGGCCUCACUGUCCCAUGCACCGUCUAA